AUGGAGGGAAACACGCAGCUCAUGCGAGUCAUCCGGGAAAUGCGGUCUGAGAUCAACAAGCUGGAGAGAGAAAAUAGGGCCCUUCGGGUGGAACUGAAAUUCAGCGGACAGAGGGCAGCUAACCAGGAGGAAGGAGCAAGAGGAGAACGUGCACAUGGGGAAGCCAGAAGCCUCACUGAUUCAGGGGAAGAGAGGGUCACUUCUCCAGUGGCCCUGCGUAGGAAUGUCUCAGCCAGCUCAGCUCUGGCGCUGCAGGAACAGAAAGGUAAUAGUAUGAUUGUUAGGCGUUAUUCCAUUUCUUCCUCUGUGCAAUCUUUUUCUGGACACAAACACCACAAAGCUGAGAAAAGACAUCCAAGUAACAGAAUCCUGGAGGUGCAGGGAAUUGUCAAACCACCAGCAGGCUCCUCGGUGAUGCAACUAACCAACGAAGAAGAAAAAGGAUCUGCAAAAAUUCCAGCCGAUUGCUUCUCCAGCAAUAAUUCUAGCAAAAGGAGGUCUUUUCAAGAGCAUGUUUAUAAGUGCAGGGGUAAAGUAAAGGCGGUUAGGUUCCUGUUACCAAUGGACAUGUCAUCUUAUUCCGAAAAUCAAGGUUCUUUCAAAUGCCCACAAAAUCAGGACACAAAACAGUUAAGCACCAUUAUUGAAAAGGAUAUGUGA